AAGAACAAAAUGUGCAAUCUGGCAAAAAUCAUCGUCGCACUUAUCAUCUGUGCAACAAGAACCAGCAGUGCAACGACUGGCGUCGAUCUACAGCGGCAGAGCAAUGUCACCGUGGAAAUUUCGGAUCACUUGUGCGACACGCCGGUGUGCAUUAACUCCGCUCAACGGAUCCAGAGGAACAUGAAUUUGGACGCGCUUCCAUGCGACGAUUUUUACGAAUUUGCUUGCGGCAAUUUCAUGAAAACAGUGGAAAUACCCGUUGGGUAUGCCGAAGUAUCGCCGCAGAGAGUGGCUGCCGAAGAAAUUCAGUCUCGUCUGCAAGAGAUCGUUGAAACCAUCGACGAAUCGAAAGCACCCAAACACUUCAGGCUGGUGAAGAGAUUUUACGAAAAUUGCAUGACAUCGUUAGAUUCGAACCUCGACGAAGACCACGUCCAGUCAGCCCUUUUAGAAAUCAACAUGAAAAAUGGUUGGCCUCUGAAGUCUGGAGAGGAUUGGAGAGAGACUGAGUUCGAUUAUCGCUACACGUUUAGAUCCUUGUUCCGCAAGAGCUUAGCUCCGGACUUAGACAACAGAUCGCUCAAUAGUUUGCAGCUUCAAGUGAAAGAUCCACCGCUGGCUCGGAGCUAUCUGACAUCGGGAAACGAAGUGGGUCUGAGAUACCAUCGGUACAUGGUUGACAUUGCAGUUGCCUUGGGUGCUAAGGAGCCGGAGGCAAUAGGUAGCCUCGCGAACACUUUUAUUUUGGAAAUGGAGCUCCAACGAACCGUUUUCACCGAGCACGAUGACCAGGAUUUGAAGAAUCGAUUGUUCAAAACAACUCUGGGGGAGCUGGAUCGGAAGUAUCCGAAGUUGAAUGCAAUGAAAGCUUUUGGAAAACCCCCUGAAACGGUUGUUCAAAUGACAGUGGAUUGGGGGACGAUGGAGAGAUUGGAAAACUGGGUGAUUCGAACGCCGAAAAGGGCCUUGGCGAACUGGGAAGCCUGGCGGUUCUUCGCCAAACAAGCUCCCACUUUCGGGGGUUUUUUUACUCGUAGAACGCAACUUUUUAACCGAAUUCUCACAGGAACGAGCAAAGGAGAAACCAAAUCGGAGUACUGUAUUUCGAGGACUCAAAAUAGUUUGGGGUUCGCUUUGGGUGCUUUGUACCAGAGAAAAUACGUCAGCCAAACUUCGUUGGAUGACUUGAGCCUGAUGUUUGACAAAAUAAAGGCUCAAUUUUCCGGAUUCAUAGAAAAGGCUCAAUGGUUGGAUGGCGACACGAAAAGAGAUGCUCUCGAAAAAGUGUCGAGUGUGAAGAGCAGCCUCGUUACUUGCCGGGAGCCGAUUGGCGACGAUGAACUCGAAGCUUUCUAUCGCGACCUUGAACUCUCGGACGAUUCGUUUGAUGAAAACCUUCGAAAUAUAACGAAAUUCGAGGCCAAGAAAAAAUCUGACAACACCUUGACCAAAAUGAGUCGAGCUCAUUGUGGACAUUUUUUAAUAGACACUAAAUACUCACCUCGUUUCAACUUUAUCCAACUUGCUGCUACUUUGUAUACCGACUGGAAUCUCGAUAUAAACCGUCCAACACAUUUGUACGGCGACGUAUUGUACGACGUUGGUCGACCGAAAUAUCUGAAUUACGGAGCGGCUGGGGGAGUUAUCGGACACGAAAUAGCGCAUAGUCUCGGAGUCUCGACGCGAUAUUAUAACAAGAAUGGAAAUCUUAAGUUGACGUGGGAUUCGGAGAGCAACAAAAAUUACCUCAAUCGCUCUCAGUGUUUUGUCUAUCAGUAUGGAAAUUACACGGUCGAUGAGUUCGGAAUUCGUCUCAACGGUUUUUCAACAAGAGAUGAAAACAUCGCCGAUAAUUCGGGUGUCAAAGCAGCGUAUUACGCCUACCUCGAAUGGGCGAAAAAUGCCGAACGGGAAAAAAGUUUGCCUGGACUCAAUUAUCCACCGAAUCAAAUGUUCUGGAUCGCAAUGGCUAAUUCUUUCUGUACAAAAUACCGACCGGAAUACCUCAAAAGUCGGAUCUACCAAGACGUACACUCGCCGAAUAAAUUUCGGGUCAACGGCCCUUUGGCCAAUUUGCAAGAAUUUUCAAACGAUUUUAAAUGCGACUCAGGAACCAAAAUGAAUCCGAAAAAUAACAAAUGUCUGUUCUGGUGAUGGUUUUCAAAAUAGCCUCGAGAAUGGCGACCUGAAAAAAAUGUGGAAUUCGAUCGUUUUUGGCUACCAUCGCUUUCUGUAUUUGGCCAUAUGUGAGCAUAACUUUGUUAAAUUGAUUUUUUCGAAUGACCAGAUUCCGUUCAGGGGUGACGGAUUUAAAUAAUGCUCAAAUAAAAUUGAAUUUUAUACUUUUUUUUCGAUAAAGCAACAUUUUGGUUAAUCAAACUAGAACGAAAUUUUUCAAAGUGUUCAUCGAAUCAAUACGUCAAAAAAUUCGUAUUUUUUUGCAUUUCUCGAGGAUAAAUCAGCGUUUUAAGUGUUCUUUAUACUAACUUCGAUUGUAAAGUUUCCAUGAGAAAAUUUUUUUUGAAAAAUGAUGGAAUGGAAAAAGGAGAGAAAUUUCGUAGCAUUUUAAAACCCAACGAAUUCGGUGCAAACGAAAUUUAUUCGAAACAUUCUGUUAUACGGUCAUAAAAUUAAAAAACGUGAGCAAAAAUGUUUGCACAAGCCUCCUUGAUAUAGCUAAAGUCCUGAGGCCACCCUGGGAUUUUUCAAACAUUAUGCUCCAAAAGAUUUGAUGCGUGAAAAAUCUCUAAAUAUUUCUCUUAAUCCAAAUCUUGAUUGUACACUCAGA